AUCACUGUCUCAUGCUUCAUCUUCUCCAGUGGACCACUGUCAUUCUUCUGUGUUUCUUUCUUGGGUGGAACUUUCUCUGCCCCCAUUUUCCCGGAAAAUUUGAAAAAGAACAAAAAUGCCAAGUAAAACCCUGAUAGCUCAUCACCCUCUUCACUCCCCUCUCCUCCAAAACCUCACUCACACUUCUCUUUCUCACCCCUGGCUCUUCUUCACCAACCCACCGUAUUUCUCUUUGACCCCAGGCCUUAACCACACAUCUGACCUCCCAAAGCUACGCUUCUCACCCCCAAUACGCCGUCGUAAUCGGCUGGUGACCGCCUGCACUGUCGACGGGGUUCGUGAACGAGAUGAUGGGGAAGAUUCUUUAGUGUCUGAAGAAGUUGUGGAGGUGAAGAAAGAAGAGUUGGAGAGUCAGAGCUUAUGGAACCAAAUGAAGGAGAUUGUAAUGUUUACAGGACCCGCCACUGGGCUUUGGAUUUGUGGGCCCCUUAUGAGCCUCAUCGACACUGUUGUGGUUGGCCGGGGAAGCUCUCUUGAGCUUGCUGCUUUAGGCCCUGGAACUGUGAUGUGUGAUAAUAUGAGUUAUGUGUUCAUGUUCCUUUCUAUUGCAACUUCAAAUAUGAUUGCUACUGCGCUUGCAAAGGGGGAUAGAAAUGAAGUGCAGCAUCACAUAUCCAUCUUGCUCUUUGUUGGAUUGACCUGUGGCUGCUUAAUGCUUUUAUUUACAAGAUUUUUCGGUUCAUGGGCGCUAACUGCUUUUGCUGGAUCAAAGAAUGCGCAUAUUAUUCCUGCAGCAAAUACAUAUGUUCAGGUACGAGGUUUGGCAUGGCCUGCAAUUCUUGUUGGUUGGGUUACUCAGAGUGCAAGUCUUGGCAUGAAAGAUUCCUGGGGUCCUUUGAAGGCCUUGGCUGUAGCCAGUGUUAUAAAUGGCAUUGGUGAUGUAGUCCUUUGCAGUUUUUUAGGCUAUGGUAUUGCUGGUGCAGCAUGGGCAACAAUGGUGUCACAGGUUGUUGCAGGAUAUAUGAUGAUUGAAGCUCUGAACAAGAAAGGAUACAAUGCCUAUGCCAUCUCUGUUCCCUCGCCCGAAGAAUUUGUAACAGUACUUGGGCUUGCUGCUCCAGUGUUUGUGACAAUGAUUUCUAAGAUAGCUUUCUUCUCUCUCGUUGUAUAUUUUGCAACGUCAAUGGGAACAAACAUCACGGCUGCUCAUCAGGUCAUGAUCCAAACAUUCUUCAUCUGUACUGUGUGGGGCGAACCUCUCUCUCAAACUGCACAAUCAUUUAUGCCUGAGUUGAUAUAUGGCGCAAAUCGUAGUUUGCCCAAGGCUCGAAUGCUGCUCAAGUCACUUGUCAUUGUUGGAGCUAUCAUUGGUUCAGUAUUAGGAAUUGGAGGAACAUGUGUUCCAUGGUUGUUUCCGAACAUCUUUACACCUGACCAAAAGAUCAUACAGGAGAUGCAUAAAGUGCUGAUACAAUUUUUUUUGGCACUGGCUGUGACACCUGCCAUUCUCUGCUUUGAGGGAACACUGCUGGCCGGACGAGAUCUAAGAUUUAUUAGUCUGUCAAUGAGUGGAUGCUUGUCUUUAGGUGCACUUCUACUGCUGCUUGUGAGUAGUAGAGGAUAUGGCCUAGCAGGCUGCUGGUGGGCAGUGGUAGGAUUUCAAUGGGCACGGCUUUUUCUCUCCCUACGACGCCUUAUAUCUCCUACCGGCAUACUUUACUCUGAAGAUAUGAGCCAGUAUAAUCUGGAAGAACUCAGAGCUGUUUAGUUUAGGAAUCAUACGAAUACAUGAGAUAAGGCCAUCUCCAGUCAUAGAACUAAAUGUAGUCCGGGGCUAAAAAUUUAGCCCUUCAAAAUAUUAAUUUUUUAAAGAAGUGCAGGGCUAUAUUUUUCCAUCUCCAUCCAUACAGGGCUAUAUUUCAGGGUCAUUCAUAUUUUAUUAUUUUGAGAAAAACUAUGAUACAAUACU